CUUGGGGCGCCUUUCCAGUCUCGGCCCAAAACUUUUCCUUCUCAGCUGUAACCAUCCCCCUUCCUCCCCCUCCAACCCCAUUCGCGCCUGGAGCUACCCCCCUUCCGCGGAGGACCGUCGUCAGUAGGGGCCAGCUGUCGCGCGCGGGACUCGAAGCAAGAGCCCUUUGUUCCAGGAAGAGCGUCUGCGCGCCACCCCGACAUGAGGCUCGUGAUUACAUGGAUGGCGGUGCCGGUGGUACUGGCGGUGCUGGCGGCGGCGGCGGCCCGACCGGCCACCAACGAGGAGUACGACUACGAGGAGGAGGCGGCGCAGGAGCCGUCCCCGGCGCCGCCCCCCAGGAGUAGCGGCCGCCUGUCCCUGCUGGGCAGCCGCACGGCGCGCGGGCCCUCGCCGCUGGUCGCCGGCCGGGGCGCCAAGGCCCAGCAGGUCACCCCCAGGACGCCCGAGCCGCCGCAGGAGCCCGCCGAGGAGGAAUACGUGGACGAGGAGGGCGCGGAGUUGGAGCAGGAGGCCCCCGCGACCACCACGACGGAGGCGCCCAAGAAGAACCUCAUCCGCGGCGGCGUGAGGCCCUUCAGGAGCAACGACGACCUCCUGGCCGCCCUCAAGAGGAGGCGCCAGCAGCAGCUCGGAGGCGGAGGCGGCGCCGGCGGCCAGGUGGUGUCCGUGUACCCGACGCCCGCCUCCAACAGCGCCGCGCCGCCGCCCCCGGAGGCGGCGACUAGCAAGCCGCGCGCCGCCGCCGCCAGCUCUCGCCGGAGGUUCUCCGGCUCCAAGGCGUCCGCGGCGGCGGGCUCGGCCUCCGACCCUGUGGUCGCGCCCAGCGACAGCCAGCCCGCGUCCUCCACGUCGUCCCGCAAGUUCCCCGGCCGCUCCCGGGCGGCGGCGGCGGCCCGCGGCGGCGGCGGCGGCGGCGAAGACGCCCCGGAGGCGGCGCCGCAGGAGGAGCCCGCCAAGACCAGGGGCUUCCGCGGCGGCAGGCGGCUGUGAGGCGCUGCGAGGACUGUCGCGAGACUGUGACCCGCGUGGUUCGCGCCCCCUGCUUCCCUUCUCCCCUCCGUGGCACACCCUCUCCAACCACCAGCGAGGGGAGUCAUCGUGCGUCCAGCGUCGAACAACAGCCAGUCUUAAUAACAAACAAACUUUAAAAACCUUUGGAAUUACAGUGAAAUACGCAUCACCGGGAUUUGAAUGUAACUUAAAUGAGCCAGUUCAGUUACUUAAAUUUUUGAGGCUCUUUCCCAAACGGAUCAUUCAGACCGUAUUUUGUAAAAUCACUGUGUUUUACUUUGAUGGAAUUUCAAUCAUUUUAAAACACUGUAGCAAAAUAAAAAAGAUAACUCAUUCUUUCUGGAUGCUUAGAUAAGGUAAAAUUACGUAUUUAAAAAAAAAAGGAAACAUUUGAUUGCUUUAUUGUGUUGACGUCACGUCUUGGUCAAGCGAGAUGUAACUUCAACUGCAGACCGAGCAAGCGCUCUUACAUCUUCGUAGAUUAAUAAAUUGUACCCCGCGAUGGCAUUCUUAAUGGACGAUCAUCUUCAUAACUUCGCAAUUUUGCCUCUGAUGACGAUGAUUUAUUUCCGGCAACGGUUCUAAAUUGUUCUUGGAGAGAGUGCUGACACUACCUUGUGUUCGAAUACCAACAUCGGAAUCGAGAUCUCCUGAGCCAUUCCACAGUGAAUGAGUGACAUCAGUUUGAUUCUGUGCAGAUGAACGAAAUGAUGUCAUUUGAUGGACUAUUGUCAAACUAUAAAAAAUACGCUAUAAAAUGUGUACAUAAUGAAUAUAUAUACAUAUACAUAUUUUGCUUAGAGUUUAUUUCUUUAUACACGCAGUUUUGCAGUUAAUAGUCACAACUUUAUUUUCUACCUGUAUUAUUACUGUAUUUUCAUACAGCCAAAAAUGAAAUAACUUCUGCUGAGAAAUUGCUGUAACAACCUGUUGGCAAAAAAUUAUAUUGACUCAGAUGUUAGUACUUUUGAAACAGAAACUUUCUUGUAAUAAAUGAAAACAUUAAAGUUAUGUUAAAAAGUGUUUUAUUUACUACUAUAAUAUACCGUACCUGCUCUAAAUCAAUAAAAAAGAGUAUUAUUGUAAAAUGACCUUUUUUUAAAUAAAAUGUCCGGGACUGAGAUAUAUUCUAAUGAUAUAUGACAGUUUAUUUAAGGAAAGCUUAUAUUAGGUUAGAUAAAAAUGUUAAGAAAGAAAAAGGCUAUUGCAAGUAGUAACAAUUUGAGAAAAUGUUAUUAAUUAAUUUUAAACCUAAACAAGGUUAAAAUUUUUCAUCUUCAUUUUUUUAUUACUAAGAAUUAUUAUUAGAAACAUCGUUGGUUAUACGUUGGCAAUAAUAAGACGAGAAAAGGAAAUGAGACAGUCAACUUUUGAUGUCUUGCCCUUUUAAAAUACCGAAAAACUUCUAAAAUAAUAUUAAUCCCUUACAUCUUUAUUAAUGUAUAUAUGUGUAUAUAUGCAUACGUAUGUUCAUACACGUAUAAGGUGCAAGAAAAUAUGCAUAUUUCUAAGGAAAUUAAUGAGAUUUGUCAACAUUAAAAUGGCGUGUAAAAUCAAAUAAUGUAUUUUACUCGAUCGACGUUUAUUUUAGUUUUUUUUAUAAUGUUGAUCAAAUUUAUAAAAUUACUGCCUUUAAUUUUAUGUAAUAUUUUUAAUGUGAUUACCACACCAAUGAAUUAUACAAUUUCCAAACUCCAAGUACUAUCAAAUGUUUUUAUUUUUCAAAUAUAAAACAUUUUGCAUGAUUAAAAUCAGUGAUUUUUCAGGUUGCUAAACCGUAGAUUAAAAAAAAAGUGUUAUUUACUUCUUUACGCUUUAAUUUUUACUGUCUUUAUAGCACAUAAAAUGAAAGGCCAUUUGGGUUAUUUACGAAAACCCAGCAUCUAUGAAAAAAUGUAAAUUAAAAAUAAUAUUUUCAAAAUAAAAAAACUGUACACUGUACCAUGAUAUUGUAAAUAUAUGUAUAAAAGCCAGUU